CUUACUGAAGUACUUACUACUUACGUUUAAAUUUUAAUUAAUAUUUUUGGAUAUCCUUUGCUUUAUACUCUAUUGUCAGCUAUUUCAUUUUAAGACAUUGAAAAUGAAUAACAUACAUGACAUUACUCAUUACAUGUUUUUCUCUUUAAAACAUAAUUACAAAAUGACUUCUAUUUUUUAGAUAAAAUUAUGAAGUUUCGUGGUAAAAUUAUUGAUCCACAUUGCAUGAAACAGUUCUACAGUAUUGUGAUAAUUUUAUCCAAGUUAUGUAGAAAUGUAGUUUUGAGACUAAGCUCUACUAAAUUAUACUUAAUCGCUUCAAAUGAAUCUAACAGUAAUCAAAUCAGUGUUUGGUCUGUAUUAGACCAACAGUCAUUUUUUAAAGACUAUGACAUGAUUGGUGAAACAGAAUCUAAUGAAAUUUUAUUCAGUUUACCAAUUGAUAUGCUUGCAUCUUCACUGAGUUCAGCAAAACAAACAAACUUAAAAACUCUCAAGAUGAAACUUACUGAUAAACUAUCGCCAUGUCUAACUAUUGAAUUGGAUCUGGAGUCUCAAGUAUCCAGUAAACAGUUAUGUACUCAUGAUAUUCCAGUUUCUGUUAUACUGCCAAAAGAUUGGUCAGCAUAUAAGGAGCCAACCAUACCUGCUCAUAAUAUUAGUGUGGUUAUGCCAUCAAUACGAGUAGUGCGGCACAUUGUUGAUAAAAUGAAGCGCAUAGGUCCAAGGAUAAUGGUAUCGUUGGAUUCUUCUGGGAAAAUGGUUUUAGGAGUAUCAAAUUUAUCUGCCACAGUCGACACACAUUUUAUAGGUCUUGAGAUAGUUAGCGUUCAAAAUUCAACUGAUAAAGAAAACAAAUAUUCUACAGUAGUUGAUAUCAAAAAAUUUUCUCAAUUUUUAAAUUGUGAAACACUAAACUUAUCAAAAAUAUUAUGUCAUGUAGUAGAAGGAAUGCUGUUACAUUGCUCAAUAGAAGAAGAUGAAUAUGUAUUACAUUAUUUCUUGAGUGGAAUUGACGAUUAACAUUAAUAUAUUAAAUCGGUAAAUAAAUGUGUAAUUUAAAUUUAUUAACUUAUUGUGGACCAAGAUCCAUUUUUUUAAGGAAUGUAAGCUAACAACUUACUAUUUAUUAAGCUAUUUUUCAAAAAAAUCAAAAUUAGGAAUUAAAAAUAAAUAUUGAACCAAUAUCGAAAUUGAAAGUUAAUAAGACCAAUUGUACAUUUGUUGUGAGCUGCUCUGCCAGCUAUCCAGAUUAUCCAGCUGUAUUUAUACUGUUUUGAUUAAUAAAGACAAGUUCAAACGUAA